AUGCCGCGCAAGGCAAUCGACUCGCGAAUCCCGGCGCUCAUCCGGAAUGGCCUGCAAGAGAAGAAGCGUAGCUUCUUCGUCGUUGUCGGCGAUCGCGCGAAGGAUGUAAUUGUCAACCUGCACUAUAUCAUGUCCAACCACGAUGUGAAGCAGAACAAGUCUGUCCUCUGGGCUUAUAAGAAGGAUCUGCUAGGUUUCACAAGUCACCGCAAGAAGCGCGAGGCCAAGAUCAAGAGAGAGGUCAAGCGAGGCAUCCGUGAGCCGAAUCAAGAAGAUGCGUUCGAACUGUUCGUCACCCUCAAUCAGAUCCGGUAUGUGUACUACAAAGAGACGGAAAAGAUCCUCGGAAAUACCUACGGCAUGUGCAUCCUGCAAGAUUUCGAAGCGAUUACUCCGAACCUCCUCGCCCGAACCGUCGAGACCGUCGAAGGAGGUGGAAUGGUGGUGCUACUUUUGAAGGGAAUGAGCAGCUUGAAGCAGUUGUAUACAUUGUCGAUGGACAUCCACUCCAGAUACCGGACAGAGGCGCAUGACGAUGUGGUGGCACGUUUCAACGAACGUUUCAUUCUUUCUCUGGGCAGCUGCGAUUCGUGCCUGGUCCUCGACGACGAGAUGAAUGUCCUCCCGAUCUCGGGAGGGAAGAACGUGAAAGAGCUUCCUCCCCCCGAGUCCAUUGAUGCCGACCCGACGGGCACGAAAAAGGAAUUGAAGGAGAUCAAGGAGAGCCUGGCGGAAUCCCAGCCGAUCGGGUCGCUGGUCAGUCUGGCUCGUACCGUUGACCAAGCGAAGGCUCUUCUUACCUUCGUCGAUGCGAUUGCUGAGAAAACGCUCCGCAGCACGGUGACUCUCACCGCCGGUAGAGGUCGAGGAAAAUCGGCCGCUCUCGGUGUCGCCAUUGCGGCGGCUGUUGCUCACGGUUACAGCAACAUCUUCAUCACAUCUCCAAGCCCGGAGAACUUGAAGACCCUCUUUGAAUUUGUCUUCAAGGGCUUCGACGCUCUUGGAUACCUUGAUCACGUCGAUUACACCAUCCUCCAGUCCACCAACCCCGAUUUCAACAAGGCCAUUGUGCGAGUGAACAUCCACCGCCAGCACCGCCAGACCAUCCAGUAUAUCCAACCUCAGGAUGCUCAUGUCUUGGGACAGGCGGAGCUCCUGGUCAUUGAUGAAGCUGCGGCUAUCCCUCUGCCGUUGGUUCGCAAACUGAUGGGUCCUUACCUCGUCUUCAUGGCUUCUACCAUCAACGGUUACGAAGGAACCGGCCGAUCACUGUCUCUCAAGCUGAUUCAACAGCUGCGUGAGCAGUCAAGAGGUGGGGCCAAGGUCAACGGUGAUGAUAUCGACGUUGCGGAUCGCUCGACGGGUAAGAUCGCCAAAACGUCGGACAAGGGCUUGGGCGGACGGUCGUUGAGAGAGAUCACAUUGUCCGAGCCUAUCCGAUACGCACCUGGAGACUCGGUGGAAAAAUGGCUGAACAAGGUACUGUGCUUGGAUGCGACACUGCCAAAGUCUAAGAUGAACACACAGGGUUGCCCUCACCCUUCCCAGUGCCAACUGCUCCAAGUCAACCGCGACACGCUUUUCUCGUUCCACCCUGUGUCGGAGAAGUUCCUUCAGCAAAUGAUGGCUCUUUACGUUGCUAGUCACUACAAGAACACCCCCAACGACCUCCAGCUGAUGAGUGACGCCCCUGCGCACCAACUCUACGUCCUUGUCCCUCCCAUUGAUGAGGAGGCUACCAAGCUGCCAGAGCCUCUUUGUGUAAUUCAGGUCGCACUGGAAGGUCGCAUCAGCCGACAGAGCGUGUUGAACAGCCUGAGUCGUGGCCAACGAGCCGGAGGUGACCUCAUCCCCUGGCUAGUCAGUCAACAGUAUCAGGACGAAGACUUUGCUGGUCUGUCUGGCGCCAGAGUCGUGCGCAUUGCCACCAACCCUGAGUACUUGAACAUGGGCUAUGGAUCGCGCGCUAUGGAGCUCCUGAUUGAUUUCUACGAGGGCAAAUUCAUGAGCUUGUCUGAGGAUAUCGCCGAGAACCAGGAAGAGAUGGUCCGGGUCACAGACGAAGAGCUCACCAACUCCAACCUCUUGGACGACAACAUCCACGUUCGGGACAUCCGUUCCAUGCCGCCUCUGUUCGGCAAGCUGUCCGAACGCCGUCCUGAUGGUCUCGAUUACAUCGGCCGUUCUUCCUUCGUCCCGGUUUACCUGCGUCAGACUCCCAACGAGCUGACGGGCGAGCACUCGUGCGUGAUGCUGCGCACCCUCGCCACCGGAUCUAACGAUGCCUCCUGGCUCGGGGCCUUCGCCCGCGAUUUCCACCGCCGCUUCCUCGCUCUGCUCUCCUACCAGUUUCGCGAGUUCCCCUCCGUACUCUCGCUCAGUAUUUGCGAAUCUGCCAAGGCCGGCGCCAAACUCGACACCUCCUUCAACCCAUCUCCCCUGACGAAAUCCGAACUCGACGCCGUCUUCUCCCCAUUUGACCUGAAGCGUAUCGACAGCUACGCCAACAACCUCCUCGACUACCACGUCAUCCUCGACAUGGUCCCCACCAUCGCCGAGUACUACAUGUCCGGUCGCCUGACCGGUAAGGUCAACCUCUCCGGUGUCCAGCAGUCCAUCCUGUUGGCCAUUGGCCUGCAGCGCAAGAACCUCGAGGCCAUCGAGAAGGAGCUGAACCUGCCGUCGUCUCAGCUGCUGGCUAUGUUCCUCAAGAUCAUCCGGAAGAUGUCGACGCACUUCCGCUCGCUGGUCGAGGGCGCCGUUGCCGAAACCCUGCCGUCUGAUCGCGUGGGAGCGACGGACGCCGGCUCGGGUGCCCAUGAUGAAGUUAUUGACGAGCGGUUCAAGCCCUUGGAAACCGGGCUAGAAGAGGAGCUUGCCGAGGGUGGACAGCAAGUGGAUGAGGAGAUGCGGGAGAAACAGAGGGCUCUGAUUGACGCUCUCCCUCUGGAUCAAUACGAAAUUGACAACGGCAGUGCCACCUGGGAAGAAGCCGAGAAGCAGAUUCGCAGCGGCGGUGCCUCGACCGUCAGCGUCAAAUCCGCGAAAGCCGCUAAGCGCAAGAAGGGCGAAACUGCGCGCGAGAUCUACGACAAAGAGGUAGAGUCGAAGAGGCAAAAGAUCAUCAAGAAGGGCACGGAAGGAAGAAAGGGGAAGCACUGA